UCCACGGAUGAUCUUGGUAUCAUUUUCAUGAGAGCAGGCAAUGCGGUCUACGCAAUUGAUCUCAAGACCUAUAAGGGAAAGAAGGUAUGCGAGGGCAAAAUCAACACCAUUGUUCCGUACAUGUGCUUCUACACUCCAGAACUGGAAGCUGCUUGUACAGGUGAGGAGCCAAGUGCGGGUGGCUCAAGCGCAUGAAAAAGUUUAGGUGCUCGUGUGAGGCUCUGGAGCAAUGGGGAUCUGGGCAGCAUAGUAAUGGAUUCGAUGUGACGGGGAAUUUUGAAAAAGUUUUUGGUUUUUGGAGUGAACUAAACAAGGCCUCAGUGUCCAAUGGAGAGGAGAUACAGGGGUUGCGCAAGCUGGGCCGAUCUGAGUUUCGAACGGGCCUACACCUCCACCACGGCCCAUCAUCAGCCGUCUUUUUUUUUGUGACUCGUCUUCCCCUGGUUCGUGUCGUGGCAUUUCCCCAAAACCACCCGCAGCAGCAAACCCUCGCUCCGCCGCCGCCGCCGGCUUCGGAGUUCGCCCAAGCAAGCGCCAUGCCGCCGCCUCGUCCUCCACCGCCGCUGGUGGAUGAUCUCGUGGAGGAGGUGCUCCUCCGCUUCCCGCCCAAGGACCCCGCGGCGCUCGUGCGCGCCGCGCUCGUCUGCAAGCGCUGGCGCCGCCUCGUCUCCGGCCCCGGCUUCCGCCGCCGCUUCAGCGAGUUCCACCGCACGCCGCCGAUGCUGGGUAUGUUCUGCAACGGAGAGCUCAUCCGCGUGUCGGACUUCGUGCCCACGACCACCUUCCGCCCGCAUCAUGCCGAGCGGCGCCACAGGCGCGCGCUGGAUGCCCGCCACGGCCGUGUCCUCUUCCAUGGGGAAGGCAGGGGCCUUAGCGUCUGGGACCCCAUCACGGACGAGGAGUGGAAGCUGCCCUUCCCGCCAGAGUACGCGGGGCCGUCGAUGAGCUGGACCGCCAUGGUUCUCUGCUCCGCUGCUGCCGGCGCGGGCGGCUGUGAUCACCUUGAUUGCCACAGUCGACCCUUCAUCGUGGUUUUUGUGGCCUCCUCUGUUUCCAAGGAUCCUGAUGCAGUGGUGACCUUUAUCUACACCUACUCAUCUAAUGCCGCUGCCUGGAGUGAGCCAACCUACAGCCAGCAACCUGCCUGCUUUGUCAAUCCCUGGAUAAGGAGUGCGCUUGUGGGGAAUACACUCUAUUUUGGGCAUAUGUUAAAAAGCAGCACAGCUCUCAAGUACAACAUGCAAUUGCGCCAAAUGUCAUGGAUUCAAGUACCAUCGAUAUGGCCUUUUGGUCGCCUGUCUGCUCUCACAACAACAGAGGAUGGGGGACUGCGGUUCGCUGUUGAACAAGACUGCAAACUCUACAUCUGGUCAACGAAGGAUGCUGAUGAAGUAGAUACUAGAUGGGAACAAAACGGAAUCAUUGAGCUUAACACUUUGCUCCCUCUUGAUGCCGACUUAACCAAACUAGAUACGGUUGGCUUCAUGGAUGAUCUCUGUACCAUUUUCGUGAGCGUGGAUGAUGCAGCCUACGCAAUUGAUCUGAAGACCUAUAAGGCGAAGAAGGUGUACAAGGGCGCAGUCGACACCAUUGUUCCGUACGUGAGCUUCUACACGCCAGCACUGGAAGCAGAUGGUACAGCUGAAGGACCAAGUGCUGGUGGCUCAAGUGCAUGAAAAGCUUAAGGUGCUCAUGUGAGGUUCUCAAGCAAGUAGGUCUAUGGCAGGACAACACUUUUCGCAUCAUUGAGAUUGGUUCUGUCCUUGGGCUUUUGUGUUUUUCAAGUAGUUGUUUAUUUUGAACCUUUUAGCUGUGACUAUGUGCUCCAGAAUUCCAGAAUUCCUGCUUGUGAUGAAAUCCCGACUUCAUAUGUUCCAUGUAAAUUUAUUUCCUUAUUUAUUUAUUGUGCUUCAACA